AUGGGAAACAGCUCGGCAAAAUAUGAAACUGCCACGGAAGACGAGGAGCCCCAGCCAACGACUUCACGCAAGAAGAAAGGCAAGAGGGGUAAACGCAGCGCCUCAGCUACAGAAGAUGAACCAUCAUCUUCCACUACGAAAAUCGCCAAGCUCGACACCACAAAAUAUGUCUACGAGAAGCUAUUCCUAGCGGGAGAGCAGAGUGAUGUCUCGAUCCUGGCCGUCGGCCAUAUCUGGAGCUUGCACAAGCUCUACCUGAAGCAGUGCAAGUAUUUUGAUGCGUUAUUUGGGAGCGAAUCGAGUUGGAAGGGAAAAGACGACCAUAAGGUGAAGCUCGAAUUCCCCGACGGGAAAGUCACUGUUCCAGCGCUUCACGCGGUGCUUGGCUCGCUAUACUCCAACGAGAUCGAGCUCGAUAUCAAGGACAUUGAGGGCAUCCUGGCGGCUGCGUCGUUUUUGCAAUUGGAAAGCAUCCUGACGCGCUGCGACGAGCUGAUGGCCCAGAAUAUAAGCGAUGAUUCCGUUCUACAAUUUGCGAUACUCGCCAACCGGUACGGGCUGUGGUCGGUGGUGAAAAAGUCGGAGCGUUUCUUGCAAUAUGGAUUCUGGCGACUGUCGAAAUCACCGAAAUUUCUGAAGGAGUUGCCUUUUGAAGCACUUGCUCGUCUACUCUCCUCCUCCGACACGCUGUCAAUUGAGGGUGAGAAGGAGUUUUAUCAAUGCACGAGAAAGUGGGUCUAUUUGCACGAGGGUGGCAAAGUCUCGAAAAACAAAGAUGAUUUCGAGAGGUCCAUUACGGAAUUUUACAAGGCCAACCCGGGGUCAUUCGAGAAGUAUGCUGCGUUGUGGAGCGGAAUUCGGGUGCACCAUCUUUUGACGUCCAGCAAAGAAGCUGAUCAGCUAGGAAAAGAUGGCAUUAUUCCGGCAAAAUUGAUCGACCAAGCGAUGGUGGACUGUUGGAAGGGAUUUUUGAGAAACGAGGAGGAGCCGAAUGAAGUAAACGAAAUCAGCGAGGAAGCCUUCUACCUCUGCGCGUUGCGUGAGGGCAUGGUGGUCGAUGAGGACCCGAAGCUCUGGCGUCUCAUCAGCCACAACAGCGGGCUGGAUCUGUUGCUGCAAUAUACGCAAAGAUACAUCACAAUCCGACGGAACGUCCUCUCCCAGCCCACCACGCGAACCGUGUCGAUCAACGGGACGAAGAAGGUGUAUUAUAGAAUUGUCGUCACCGACGCUAAAGGCACGCAGCUCCACGAUACCGGAAGGGAGAGCAUCGAGUUGAGGAUGGAUCAUGUUGUGGUGAUUGCCCGCUUCGCGACCGUUUUCGAGUUGCCGCUCUCGGUGCACAUCUUCCAUCUAUCAUCUCCUCCGUGUCCGCCGUCUUUUCUAUACGUCAACCAGUACCUCAACCAACUCCACGCCAAAGAAGUUCAGCUACAGACGGACGAUGACGAGGAAGAAUCCCCAACCCCAACCGCCUCGUCCCCGGAUUCGAAUUCUAAUUCUUCUGUCGAAUUG